GCCCUGGUUCUGCAGAGAGCUGGUUCUUGAGAACGUCUGCUCUCUAGCAACUUGUUUUGGAGCUCACACAUGUUUCCUGGGACAUCUGGGCACAGGGGACCUCUAGACCAGACAUCUGAAAAGAAUCGAGAGUGAACAUGAGCCCAGCCAGAAGCCAGGAGCUCGUGGAGCUGACAAGUGUCACAGCAUCUGGAGCUGAGGGCCACAGCAACAGUGUUUUCCAGGAUGAUGAAGACUUUCUUGAAAACAAGAACACCUCAGUAAACAACAGCUCACUAAGGAGUAGAGUUGUGCAAAACAGAGAGCAAGAAAACACCAAGCAGGGAGAAGAAUGUACCAUUGCCAUUGAGCAGGAACCUCCAAAAAAUAGAGAAGACACGGAGGACGACCAAGACACACAUCAAAAGGGAUACCUGGAAAAGAAGUACGAUGAGGUUUGUGAUUUUUUUAGGAAACAUAAAACCACCCUUCGGUAUAUCAUCUGGGGCAUUUUAUUAGCAGGCUACCUGAGUGUGGUGAUUGCAGCUUGUGUGCUGGACUUCCACAGAGCCCUUCCUCUUUUUGUGAUCACCAUGAUUAUCAUCUUCUUUGUUAUCUGGGAUUACCUGAUGGCCAAAUAUGAAGACCGAAUUGAUGCAUUCCUGUCGCCCAGUAAAAGGCUUCUUGACGGCCAUUGGUUCUGGCUAAAGUGGGUGAUUUGGAUCUCACUAAUCCUGUGGGUUAUUCUCUGGCUGAUCCUUGACACGGCCAAAUUGGGCCAACAGCAGCUGGUGUCUUUUGGUGGGCUUAUAAUGUACAUUGUCCUGGUAUUUCUAUUUUCCAAGCAUCCAACCAGAGUUUACUGGAGACCUAUCUUUUGGGGAAUUGGUUUACAGUUUCUUUUUGGGCUCUUAAUUCUGAGGACUAAACUUGGAUUUAUGGCUUUCGAUUGGUUGGGCAGACAAGUUCAGAUUUUCCUGGGGUUCACUGAUGCUGGCGCUUCAUUUGUUUUUGGUGAGAAAUAUACAGACCACUUCUUUGCAUUUAAGGUCCUGCCGAUUGUGGUUUUCUUCAGCACUGUAAUGUCAAUGCUGUACUACCUUGGAUUGAUGCAGUGGAUCAUUAGAAAGGUUGGAUGGGUAAUGCUAGUUACUAUGGGAUCAUCUCCUAUUGAAUCUGUAGUUGCUGCUGGCAAUAUAUUUAUCGGACAGACUGAGUCUCCACUGUUGGUCCGUCCCUACUUACCAUACGUCACCAAGUCCGAGCUCCAUGCCAUCAUGACCGCCGGGUUCUCCACCAUUGCCGGAAGCGUCUUAGGAGCAUAUAUUUCUUUUGGGGUCUCAGCUUCCCACUUGUUAACCGCCUCAGUUAUGUCAGCACCUGCAUCCCUGGCUAUUGCUAAACUCUUUUGGCCUGAGACAGAAACUCCUAAAAUAACCGUCAAGAAUGCCAUGAAAAUGGAAAAUGGUGAUUCAAGAAAUCUCCUAGAAGCUGCAACGCAGGGAGCGUCUUCAUCCAUUGGUCUGGUGGCAAACAUCGCUGUGAAUCUGAUUGCCUUCCUGGCUCUGCUGUCUUUUGUCAAUUCAGCCCUGUCCUGGUUUGGCAGCAUGUUUGACUACCCACAGCUGAGUUUUGAGAUAAUAUGCUCCUACAUCUUCAUGCCCUUUUCAUUCAUGAUGGGAGUGGACUCUCAAGACAGCUUUAUGGUUGCCAAACUCAUAGGUUAUAAGACAUUCUUCAAUGAAUUUGUGGCUUAUGAGCACCUCUCAAAAUUGAUCAAUUUGAGGGAAGCAGCUGGACCCAAAUUUGUGAAUGGUGAACAGCAAUAUUUAUCGAUUCGUUCUGAGACAAUUGCCACGUAUGCCCUCUGUGGUUUUUCCAAUUUUGGUUCCCUCGGAAUAGUGAUCGGCGGACUCACAUCCCUGGCUCCUUCCAGAAAGCGGGACAUCGCCUCAGGGGCAAUGAGAGCUCUGAUUGCGGGGACCAUCGCCUGCUUCAUGACAGCCUGCAUUGCAGGCAUGCUUACCAGCACUCCUGUGGACAACUGCCAUUAUGUUUUAGGCACUGCCUUCAACUCCAGUUUACCUAGAAACACAACCGAAAUAGUGUCUUGCUGCCAAAGUCUGCUGAGCAGCACUGUUGCCAAGGGUCCCAGUGCAGUCAUCCCAGGAGAAAACCACAGCCUGUAUUCUUUGAAGGGCUGCUGCAAAUUGUUGAAUCCAUCAACAUUUAACUGCAGUUGGAUCCCUAAUAGAGUUUGAGUUCAGCCUCUUCUCCAGUGAAACUCUGAGUACAGAUGCAGAGUUUUCUUGCUUUGGGGAGAAGAAAAGCUAUUUCUCCAUAGAUUGAUAACUCCAUCAUGGAAUCAUCUUCAACUGGAAGGAAACAAGAAAAACAGGAAUGGAUCCUUCAGAUCAACAGCACCUUCUCCCCUUCCCUCCCAUCCUUUCCCCACUGGGAACUACUAUGAUGUCCCAAAGUGAAGUGUCCUCUCCAGUCCCAGCAAUGUUUUCCAGCUCUGGAAUUUCAGGGCAUUUUACCAGAACACAGAUAUAGAUGACAACUCCCAACAACUUCACUAUGACUCAGCCACACCAACUUAGUGUGCUGAAUGAGUAUCUUAGCAGUCCAGAGUGGCCCGUUUUAAACAUGUCUCAGGUGAGCUCAUUCUGUAUUCAGCUUGGCUGGCCCGAAAUAGACUGAACUUUAAUCUCACAUGGAGGAAGACCAGUCAUCAGUCACCUACUCAUGCCUGCCUUUGGGAAGACCUGCAGAAUUCAGGAGUCCUUCAGUAGAGCACUGGCCAUACCCAAGUCAGGUUUUAGAUCCCUUGAGCUUACAGAGUUCUCUUAGUCAGUUCAAGCUAAGUUUUGCCACAGUAACAAACAACUCCAAAAUCUUGGUGGCAUAUUAGCAAAGAUCAUUUUUCACUCGCAUUACAGGUUUAUUGAGGGUUGGUUUUGGCUGUGCUCCAUGUUUUCUUCAUUUACAGGACCCAGGUUAAAGGAGCAGUGCCUAGGUGAGGCAUGUUGGUCUAAUGGCAGGGAGAAAAAAAAGGUGGGGAACCACCUACCUGGCUGCCAAAGCUUCUGCUAGGAAGUGGCACCCUCUGCUUCCACUAUAUUCCAUUGGCCAAAACAAGUCCUAAUGACAAGCAUAAGUUCAACGGUGUUUAAAUCAUCCUCUCACAGGCUGGGGGUGUGGGAGAUAAUGAAUAUUUGGAAGAAAUAAUGUGAUCUAUCACAAGGGUACAUGAUAUCCAUAUCUCCCUUCAAGGAGUCAACCUCUUAUGCAGCAUAAUUGCCAUGGUCUAUGCAUAUGCAAAUUAGGUUAUAUUCCUGGUGACAGGACUGGAGAAUGGCUACCUUUCGAUGUUUUGGUCAAAAAGCCAUGAAAGGACCAUUUGAAGAAGAAAUUACAUCCUGGUUGAGAGCCAAAAACCUUCUGCUGAUACCAGGAAAGCAUCAGCAUCAAACUGGCUUAAUGGGUAUCAGCAGCACAAAAGAAAAUUCCAGAGACGAUGGUGGACUGCUUUUUUAAUGAAAUGCUCAUCACCAAAGCUUUUGAUAGCACAUAAGAACAACAUUGUGUGAGAAAAUAUAAACACCAUUGACUCAAGAGUCAAAAAAUGAGUCACAAGGAAUUCUGAGUGUGAAAAAGGUUUUGAAAUAUCUUAAGUAAAUUAUUUUCUUUAUAUUUUCCUUUUUGUGCAUGUGUGAGAGUAAUUUUUUUAAAUAUUUGGGUAAAUAUUUUUUGCGUGGUGGUGGUGGUGGUGAAGGAGAGGGUUAGACAGAUACCCAAAGGAGUCUUUAUCACUGAAGUACACUAUGCUAAGAUAUUUCUAAAUAUUAUUCAUAUAAAUUUUUCUUGGAACACAAGUCUUUAGAUUUUAUUUUAAGAAAAUAUAUUUGCAGGUCUUUUCCCCCUUGUUCUUGUCAAUUUUGCAUGUGUUGGUUCUCCUUUGUCUGCUAUGGCUAUUUUUCCCCAUCUAUUCCUUUUUAACUCUUUGCUUUUUUUCUUUCAAUUUUGCUUAAUCUUUUGAAGUCUGUCUUCCAUAUCCCUGAUUGUUUCCAAGAGACUCUGUUUUUGCUGUUUCUAGUCUAAAUUUUGGGCCAACUGAUUUCUAGAGUCUGCCUGUUUUUUUCAUCACUACUCUUGAAUGUGGGUAGCUGUUUUCUGAGCUCAUCUUUUUUAUUUCAAGGAAAACUUAAUUGUGGUCUUGUUUUUGUUUUUUCCUUUUGAGGUUUUUCAAAUUAUGAGACAUAAUAGCUGUUGGUUAUAAAAGAUGAUGAUUACACAUAUAUAUUAAAAGUGAAAACUCUUUCUCCCCACCCUGGUCACACCAUCUCUCUUUCCAGUCCUGUACCCCUGAGAUUAUCAAUGUUAAUUGACUAGCGUCUCUACCUCUCUCCUUGCAAACAUAAGAAUGUAGGGAAUUUGUUCAUAUUCAAAUAAAGUGAGUCUAUUUAAAUAUCA